AUGGCAAACUCCGUUGCAUUGAAGACUUUUACUGCACUUUCAGAUCUGCAGCCAAAUAUGGCUAAUCUGAAAAUAAUCGGUAUAGUUAUUGGGAAAACAGAUGUCAAAGGCUUUCCAGACAGAAAAAAUAUUGGAUCAGAAAGAUACACUUUCAAUUUCACCAUUCGUGAUUCACCAACCCAUUUUGUAAAUGUAGCCUCCUGGGGCAAGGAAGAUUACAUUAAGUCACUUUCUGACAGCUUUAGGGUUGGUGAGUGUGUGAUAAUUGAAAAUCCUCUAGUUCAAAGAAAGGAAAUAGAAAGAGAAGAAAAGUUCAACCCUGCAACUCCUAUCAACUAUAAACUAUUGCUCAGUGAAAAUCACUCCGUGGUAAAAGUUUGUUCCAGUUAUGAAGUGGACACCAAGUUACUUGCUUUGAUACAUUUACCUGUUAAAGAGUCUCAUGAUUAUUAUUCACUGGGCGACAUUGUUGCAAAUGGACACAGUCUUGAUGGGAGGAUUAUUAAUGUGCUUGCAGCUGUGAGAUCGGUUGGAGAGCCAAAACACUUUACAACUUCAGAUCGAAGAAAAGGUCAGAGGUGUGAAAUUAAACUCUAUGAUGAAACGGAGCCUUCUUUUGCAAUGACAUGUUGGGAUAAUGAAUCCAUUUUGCUUGCUCAAAGCUGGGUGCCACGAGAAACAGUAAUAUUUGCCUCAGACGUAAAAAUAACUUUUGACAAAUUUCGGAACUGUAUGAUAGCAACUGUAAUCUCAAAAACCAUUAUUACUUCUAAUCCAGAUACACCAGAAGCUAACAUCCUACUGAAUUUUAUAAGAGAAAAUAAAGAAACAAAUGUUCUGACUAAUGAAAUUGACAGUUAUUUGAAAGAAUCUAUAAAUUUAAGUGCAAUAGUUGAUGUCUAUACAGUAGAACAAUUAAAGGCAAAAACUUUGAAGAAUGAAGGAAAAGCUGAUCCUGUCUAUGGUAUUGUUUAUGCCUUCAUUUCUACAUUGAACAUUGAUGAUGAGAUUACAAAAGUAGUUCGAAAUAGAUGUUCCAACUGUGGUUAUAUUGUAAAUGAAGUAUCCAACACUUGUGUAACUUGCAACAAAAAUUAUUCAGGAUUUAAACCUACUUUUCUCAGCUUUGAUAUGCUGGUUGAUCUUACUGACCACACAGGAACCCUGCAUUCCUGUAGUCUCACAGGAAGCAUUGCUGAGGAUACUUUGGGCUGCACGGUAAAUGAGUUUCUUGCAAUGACAGGUGAACAGAAGACAGCACUGAAGUGGCAGUUUCUUUUGGAAAGAAGCAAAAUUUAUUUAAAAUUUGUUUUAUCACACAGAGCAAGAGGUGGACUGAGAAUUAGCAUACUCUCAUGUAAGCUUGCAGAUCCCACUGAGGCAAGUAGGAGCUUGUCUGGACAAGGACACAUGUAA